AUGAGUUCCAAGGCCCUGGAUGUCGCUGCCUCCAGUUGUCCACGAGCGGAUGUCGAACGAUCCAAGCAACCCCACGGAUACGAUGACGCUAUCAAAAUAUUCAACGGGGAGUCAGGAGAGAUAGAUGUCGAGUUCACCGAUAAGGAAGCGUCUGUCGUCCGCUGGAAGAUUGACUUGAUCAUUGUUCCAAUGGUAACUGCGAUGGAACAUCUGGUCUCUGGUAUCCUAUCCACUGCUGCAGUCUAUGGACUGAGAACGGAUUUGAACCUGAAGGGCCAACAGUAUAGCUGGACAUCAUCGAUCUUCUAUUUUGGAUACCUGUUCUGGCAAUACCCAAAUUCGAUCUUCAUGCAAAAGCUUCCUAUCGGCAAGUGGAUAGGGUCCAUGAUCUUCAUGUGGGGACUUUGUGUCGCCACAACGGCCGCGUCGACUAAUUUCGCAACACUCGCCGUGAAUCGGUUCUUCUUAGGCCUCUUCGAAGCUUCCAACAAUCCUGCAUUCACCCUAUUAGUCAGUCAAUACUUCACGAAGAAUGAGCAUGCCCUGCGUUCAUGUAUUUGGUGGGCUGGUGGACCAAUUGGCGCAUUUAUUGGUGAUGGUGUCUCAAACGGCAUCGGCCAUGUGCAUGGAAAACUGUCCCAAUGGCAGUAUCUAUAUCUUAUCUUUGGUCCCAUCACGAUGCUGUGGGGGAUCAUAGUCUUUUUCACCAUGCCCUCCUCACCCAUGUCGGCGUGGUUCUUGACACCUCGGGAGAGGAAGAUUGCUGUUGUUCGGGUGCUUCACAACCACGCGGGUCUUCACAAUCGACAAUACAAAGUUUAUCAAGUCAAGGAAGCCCUCCGCGAUCCUCAGGCGUGGAUGCUGUUCUCCAUUGUAUUUUUACAGUGUAUACCCGGAGGCGGUUUAAACGCAUUUAACAAGAUUAUUCUCACGGGCCUUGGUUUUUCAAGUGUCGAGUCCACUGUUGUCGCGAUGCCAGAACAUGCCGUCCAGCUUGUCAGUGUGUUACUUGCAGCAGCUCUACCGACCGAUCGGAAAAUGUCGCGCUUGGGUGCUGUAUAUUCACUGCUGACUUGUACGGUAUCCUAUAUAAUGUGCAUGUCCCUGAUAUCGUCCAACAUUGCUGGAUUCACCAAGAAAAUGACCGUCAGUGUUAUGGUUUUCGUCGGCUACUGCGUGGGCCAAAUUAUCACACCGCAAUUCUUUCUAUCGCAUGAAGCACCAACCUAUCCUACCGGAUUCCGUGCAUAUUUCGUUACCUCGUCCAUGAUGAUCUCACUUGAAGCGGCCCUCAUGUUCUAUCUGCUGAAUGAAAACAAGCGCCGGGAUAAACGGGCACUUGAGUCAGCGGCCUCUCAGAGUACUGGCGAGCAUCGAAUUGUAGAGACGGAUCUUUUAGAUCUGACGGAUUGGGAGAGGGCUCAAUUCAGAUAUGCCUGGUAA